UGUUUUAAGCUCGGGCGCCCCGUUGCCAUCUUACGGUAUCCCCUCCCCUACCGGCGGCUACCGCUGCCAUUCUCCUCUGAUCUCGCCGCCGCCGCCCUUCGCUCAGAUCUCUCUCCCUCGCUGCCGCCGCCCUCCGUUCUCCACUUCUACCAUCGCAGCCAGGACGAGCGGCCCCUCACAGGCAGCCUCCACGCGGCAGCGCGGUCGCGCCCGAGCGGACGGGACGGGGAGCCGCGGGCAACAGGCGGCGGCGCCGGAUCCACGAGAGAUUGCCCUUCUAUGGAGACAUCCAAAGAAAAGGCUUCCAAGGACAAGGAGUAUGCUGAUUUCGAAGAGAAGGUUAAGAGGACCAUAUAUAUCGACCAUCUUUCUCCUCAAGUUACGACCCCAGUCAUCAAAGCAGCUCUUGCCCAGUGUGCAAAUGUUACCAAUGUGGAGUUCAUUGUCAACUACACAAUCCCGUAUGAUAUACCUUCUGCCGCGUUGGUAGAAUUGGAUGAUGAAAUGCAGGCCAAGGCUGCUGUCGAAUUGAUGACUGAUUUCCCAUUCAUAAUUGGUGGAAUGCCAAGGCCUGUACAUGCUACCCAUGCAAAGGCUGAGAUGUUCCGGGAUCGCCCUCCUUGCCCUGGUCUUAGGAAAGAUUUCCGCUGGAUAAAACAAGGAGAUGGUGAGUAUGAAGUAAUGAGGAAACUGAAAAACCUUGCAAAGAGGCAUGAGUCAGAGAACAUGGCUCUAAUAAAGAAUCUAUUGGAUGAGGAGAAGGAACUGGCAAAGCAGCAGCAAGAAGCACUUAAUGGGAACGGCAAGAAGUAUGAAAUGCUGGAAGAUGUGGUGUCGGAUGGAACCAUCAGGAAACUUGCUCAUCAUUACGGAGUGCGCCUGGAUGACUGAGGGGACAAAUUCAUGGAACAGCUGCGCAGUCAUCAGUUUGUCCUGGGGCGUUGGAAGAUGCUGUGAUGAAUUAGAUUACUUGUGAUCCAGUAGCUGGAUCCUGCAGUGUAACAUUUGGCCCGACAAGCUGUGGCUGCAUUAGAAUCCGAGAUAGUGGCAGCCUUAGUAUACAACCUUUUGUUUCUUAGCCAGUCACAAGUCACCGAAACUGAAGCAUCCACUGUCGUACCUUUCUUCCUUGUGUCCAACCUGGUGGACGGCUCCAACCUGCCCAUGGCGAUCAACCCGGUGAACGGGCAGGGCAACUGCAUGUCUGCAGCGCGGCGGGGUGCGACCGCGGCCCGCACGUCGGAGCUGGCCGUGAGAGCCAACGGCAACGGGCAUUCCUUCCCACGACGACGUUGUGCUCCAACCUCGAACAACUAUUCUUUCUGCAAGUUACGCCUGCUACUACUAGCUUUGGUGCCUGUGUCGUUGCUGCGUUGAUGGUAUGGUUCUAAGGUAUAGGCUUAGGCACCACUAGGUUUCUACGAUUGAUAAUUCGGGAUAUCGUGAUUGCAACUGUUGUCCCAGCAGAGGUACAUUGUUGUUGGGCAACUGCAACAAAUUUUGUGGUUGGAGUAAAGAAAUUAUUGAUCC